AUGUCAAAAAUUGAUACAUAUCAUAUGAUGAUUAUAUCUAAGUAUUUUAACUUCUCAAGUGACUUUAUUGCCAUGGUUCAAAUUUGUAAAAAAUACAAAGACAUUCCUUCAAUGUUUCAUUAUAAUCCUAUCCCAUUAACAAAAGAAUUAUUAAAAAUUUUCCCAAAUAUUCAAACACAAUACAUUUAUAGUACAUCAGAACGACGAGUUGAAGGAAUAGAGAAAUAUUAUUAUUUUGGUGAUAUAAAAGAAAAAGAAUAUUUAUCAAUAAAAAAGAAAAAAGAGCAAAAUGUCAGUUUUAGAAUGGUAAGAAUGAAUGAAUCUAGAUUAGAAAAUAAUAUUAAAUUGCCAAAGGAAAUUAAAAUACUAUUUACGUGUAAAUGGUAUAAUCCUAUUUUUCAAUAUUAUAUUUAUAAUAGUGAUUAUAAUAAUGAACGAAUAAAUAAAAUAGAAGAAUUAAAUUUAGACUCUAUUAUGAUUCUUAGUGAUAAUGUAUUUAAUCAAUAUAAAUGUCUAUCAAAAUUGGAACUUAAUAAUAUUCGUAUUAUUGGAAAUGAAUGCAUUAAUAAACUUGAUUCUCUUAAAGAAUUAAAUAUUCAAUCAUUAAGAUAUAUUGGAAAUCAUUGUAUAUGUGAAUGUACACAACUAACAAGUAUCACACUCCCACAUACUCUUUAUGAAGAAGGAACAAAUUGUUUUCAAGGUUUAUUAUCAUUAAAACAUAUUUCAAGUUAUGGAAUUACAAAAAUAAAUACAACACUUCCUUUUGAAGAAGCUCAAAUAUUUAUUAACAACAGAAUUGAUAUUAAUGAUAUUUAUUUAAGAAAUACAACAGAAAAUAAUGAAAUACCAAAUGGUGUAAAAAGACUUGAACCUAACUGUUUUCAUGAAAAGGAAUUGGAGUAUAUUCAAUUACCAACAACUCUAACGUAUUUAUCAACAGACUCAUUUCAUGAUAUUUUAUUGCUUAAAGAAAUUGAUUUGAGAUAUAUUAAAAAAUUUGAAGAUGACUCGUUUAAUAAUUGUCCUGAUUUAACAAGUGUUACUAUUAUGAACAAAGAAUGUUUUAAUUGUAAAAUGUUUUGUCAAUGUCCAAACUUAAAGAACAUUAAAUUUAUUGAUUCUCCACCAAGAGUUAUUGAAGAUGUUAUUGAUAAUGAACCUGCAAUGGCUCUUGAAAAUCAAGGUAUUAAAUGUAAUAUAGUUCAACUUAGAAUGCACACAACAAACCAGUUAAGAGAAGGAAUUAAGAUUGUUUAUUUUGAAGAAAGAAACUAUGAUGAUAUUGAGAUUAAAUUUCCAUCAACCUUAAUAGAAAUACAUUCAAGUGGAAUGGUAAUAGGUAAUUCAUGGAAUAAUUUAACUAAACUGAUAUUCCCUCCAUCACUUAAAGUGAUUGGAAUUGGGUGUUUUGAUAAUAUGAGUUCACUAAAAGAACUUGAUUUGGGAGGUGUCUCAGAGAUAGGAAUGUACUGUUUCACAAAUAUUUCAUCACUUUCUUCUUUGACUUUCUCUACAAACUUACUUUCUCUUCCAUCAUCAAUUCAGUUUUGUUCAACAAUAAAAAGGCUGAUUAUCAAUGGGGAUAAAGUUACUCUACCAAUGUGUAGAAGAAUGGCAACAAUUGCACGUCAAAUGAACGUCUGUGAAAUAACUAAAGUCUUCUUAACAAAGGAAGAAUCAAAAGAAUUGACAGAAAUACCACACGAUAUUGAUUAUAUUGACUCUUAUUGUUUCAGUCAAAGAAAUGAUUUACUUUCAAUAACUAUUCCAAGCAAUAUUACUGGAAUAGGAGAUGGGUGUUUUAAAGAGUGUUUCAAUUUGACAAAAGUUGAAAUAAACAAAAGUGUAGAAAACAUAGGAGAUGAAUGUUUCAGGUAUUGUAAAAAUUUAGAAAAAGUAGAGUGUUAUAGAAACUACUCUUUUAGUGGAAGGAAAUUUGAAGGCUCUAAGUAUUUAAAAAACAUUGAAGAAAACACAAAAUAA